AUGAAGGGCGGUGGUAUCGACAACCCAGCGUUCGACACACCCUCCUCCGACUUCGGCCAGCAGUACCACGCGGGCCCCGCCGGGGCAGGCGCCGGCGCCGCGGCCCCCGCCGGGCCCGGCCCUUACCCCGAGGAGGGGCCCUGCGGGUGGGGUCCCUGCGCCCCCAGAGCUCUGCAGUUCUGCAACAAUGCCAAGGGGUACUUGGCUGCUUAUAGCCUGUUGGCCGUCUUCCAAGGUAUUGUGGUAAAUGGCCUGAUUAACAUUAGUAUUUCAACAAUUGAGAAGCGUUAUGAGUUGAACAGUUCCCUCACUGGUUUAAUCUCUGCAAGCUAUGAUAUUGCUUUUUGUUUACUGUCACUGUUUGUAUCUUACUUGGGAGAAAGAGGGCACAAACCACGAUGGCUUGCUUUCUCAGCAUUUAUGUUAGGACUGGGCUCACUUGUAUUUUCCUUACCACACUUCAGCAGUGGAAAAUACCAGUAUGGAAGUAAAAUUGAAGACACAUGUCAAACUGCAGAAACCACCUUUGCUAAUGCCACUUGCAGUGCCAGCACAAGCUCUCCACUUCGCAACUAUCUGUACGUCUUCAUCCUCGGACAGCUGCUGCUGGGAGUUGGAGGAACUCCUCUGUAUACUUUGGGGACAUCUUUUAUUGAUGAGAGUGUCCCAAAACAUAAGUCUUCCCUUUACAUAGGAGUUGGCUAUGCCAUGUCUCUGCUGGGUCCUGCUAUUGGCUAUGUCUUAGGAGGGCAGCUGCUUCAAGUUUAUAUUGAUAUCCAGAUCCCAAAAAGUACAAAGAUGGAUCAAGAUGACCCACGUUGGCUUGGAGCAUGGUGGAUAGGAUUUCUUGCAUGCUUUUUUGCAGUUUGGCUUCUUAUAAUACCGUUUUCAUGCUUUCCAAAGCACCUACCAGGUACUGCAAAAAUUCAGGCUGAAAAAAUCCCUGAAACUCAUGAUGAUGGAGGUCAAGUACUGGUUCAGACCAAUGAUAUUGGACAAAGUUUUAAAGACUUUCCUAUGGCUCUCCUGAUACUCUUGAGGAAUCCAGUGCUCAUGAGUCUAAUAGUAGCCAGCUCCUCAGAAGCUUUGGUUGCCACUGGAUUUGCCACAUUUCUACCUAAGUUUAUAGAAAAUCAGUUUGGAAAGUCAUCAAGUUUUUCAGCAACUCUUGGAGGACUUGUACUAAUUCCAGGAGCAGCACUAGGCCAAGUCAUAAGUGGUGUCUUGGUUUCCAAGCGCAAAAUGGAUUUGAAAAGCAUAAUCAAGUUCAUGAUAGUCACCUGUACAGUGGCCUUAAUAUUAAACACAGUGUUCUUAUUUGCUAAAUGUGGGAAUGAGCCUUUUGCAGGUGUCUCUGAAACAUAUAAUGGAACAGGCACUCUGUAUAACUUAACAGCACCAUGCAAUGCAAACUGCCGGUGUUUGCGCUCCGUAUACUACCCAGUUUGUGGCAGUGAUGAAGUCCAGUACUUUUCUCCCUGUUUUGCAGGUUGUGCCUCAUAUCUUGUAAACAACAUGAAAAAGACAUACCACAACUGUUCCUGUAUUGGGAAAUCAAAAAGAAGAAAUGGUUCAGAAGACUUUCUCUAUGAAGCUGUUCCUGGGAAAUGCCCAACAAAAUGCAAACUUUUACCUUUAUUCCUGGUCUUCUUCUUUUUUACUGUUGUUUUUACAUUUAUGGCUACUACUCCAACAACCGUGGCCAUUCUCAGAUGUGUGCCAGAUAAACAGCGUUCAUUUGCUCUUGGAGUACAGUUACUGUUUCUGCGAAUACUGGGUUCUAUUCCUGGACCAAUUUUGUUUGGUGCUGCUAUAGACAACAGUUGUACUCUGUGGGAUAUUGAUGAAUGUGAAACUAAAGGAGCUUGCUGGGUAUAUGACAAUGAAAGAAUGGCUUAUUUGCUCAUGGGCAUAAGUACUGCUUGCAAAAUCAUCACAAUCAUCUUUGUGAUCAUGGCAGUGUAUUUCUACAAGCCUCCACCAUUAACUAAAGCCCUGCAACAAAAGACUUCAGAAAAGAUAUCUGCUGUACACACAUAA